UGCUGCAAAGUCGCCGCCUCCGCUUCCUCGCGCCCGGGCCGCCCUUCCCCGCUGGGUGGCGGCGGCGGCGGCGGGUGCCGCAGCUGGAGGGCCGUCUGGAGCCGGAGCCAGCUGCAUCCCGCCGGGGGGCCGGACUGGCAUGAUGUUUCCGCAAAGCCGGCAUUCGGCGUCUUCUCAUCUGCCUCAGCAGUUGAAGUUCACAACAUCCGAUUCCUGUGACCGGAUUAAAGAUGAAUUCCAGUUGCUCCAGGCACAGUAUCACAGCCUGAAGUUGGAAUGCGACAAGCUCGCCAGCGAAAAAUCGGAGAUGCAGCGCCAUUACGUGAUGUAUUACGAGAUGUCCUAUGGCCUCAAUAUUGAAAUGCACAAGCAGGCUGAGAUUGUCAAGCGGUUAAAUGGCAUUUGCGCUCAGGUCUUGCCAUACCUUUCGCAAGAGCACCAACAGCAAGUCCUGGGAGCCAUUGAACGGGCCAAGCAAGUGACUGCCCCAGAGCUGAACUCCAUAAUUCGGCAGCUUCAGGCGCAUCAGCUGUCCCAGCUUCAGGCCCUGGCCUUGCCCCUCACCCCGCUGUCCGUGGGCCUGCAGGCCCCCUCCCUGCCGGCUGUGAGCGCCAGCACCGGCCUGCUCUCCCUCUCUGCGCUGGGCUCCCAGGCCCACCUCUCCAAGGAAGACAAGAACGGGCACGACGGGGACACCCACCAAGAUGACGAUGGAGAGAAGUCGGAUUAGGUGGAUUUUGUCCGGUGGGGGGCAGAAGGCAGGGCGGGGCGAUCCAGGGUGCAGAAGAUGCCGUAUUUAAUCCAAUCCGGGGGUGGUGGGCCAGCAACGGUCAUUCAGCGGGGUGGGGGUGAGAAAGUAGUUGCAGCAAUAACGUUUCAGCCCCUCCCUCCUCCUCCUCUCCCUGCCCCUCCUCCGUGGCAGCCCUUAGCAGGCCAGGGUUGCACGGACGGUCCCCAAACAUCCCAAAUCAAUGGCACUGCGUUGGGCGUGGGCGUGCAUGUGGGAGGUCAGGUGGGGAAGGGGCCUGGCCCCUCCCUUUCCAUCUCCCCCCCCCCCAAAUUAAUUCCAAAAGAGAGCUGGCAUCGGAAUCCUAGCGAUGCGUUUUCGAGGUUGGCGACCCCCUUCCCACAUCCAAGCCCCUCUCCCAGGGUUAAACCGACUUCGCGGGGCUGGCAUUAGCAAAGGGGAAGGAAGCCGGUUUGCUGGAUCCCACAUUGGUGUGCAAACCAGAGCCAUCCCAGGGAGAAGCAGAUCCUGGGAAUCUCCCCCCCAGGCCUGCCUCGGCAGCUUUUCGGCAGCAGGCGGAGGGGAGAGGCUACUGGCCUUCUGCAACUCAGCCGCAUUUCCUGCCCCCCAGGUGCCCAGGGAUGCGGUGCGAAAAACCCAUCCCAGCACCCCGCAUCCAAUUUGAGCUCCCUGACACAGUGGCACCCAGUUCCCAACAGCUGGAUGCCCAUGGUUUCAUGCCUGAGGGGGGCACCCUCUCCCAGGCCCCGUUGGGAGAGGGCAUCUCCAACGGGGCAAGAGGCGAAGAGGCUGCCUUAAGUAUUGGCAGAUUUUCUGGGACCCACAAACCCACUGGAAACGCCUCCAGCUGAGGAGGAAUGGCUGAAGUGCAAAGAUCGAAAGGCCCCCAAGGGAUGCUGGCAUGUUGCACGCAGCCCCUGAAUCACCCUUCCAGUUCCCCGGCCCUCCCAGUUUGGAUACUGACUAUUCUAGAGGACAUUGCUUGAGGGUCCUUGAGUCUGGCUCACCCUCCCAACGGCACAAUUUCCCCAUGUGGAUUAGAUUCUCCUCCCCCA